AUUAAAUUCUUUCUGCCAUACUCAAAUUUACCAGAACACUCAAUAAUGUAAUGCUAACCUUUGACAAUUUUCGAUGCAUCGAAAUACAAUGACCUGUGAAUCAUUAAAAUGAUCAUAAAACAUGUCCUAUUAUCACCCAAAUCGAGAGAAUGGAAUUUUAAGUUCUCCGGAUGGACAAGACCCUGUUGAUAAACUUAUAUCAGCAGUGAAACCUUGUUUCCUGGUAGGCUGUGGAGGUGGGUUGGCGAUUCAAGGUUUCAGAUAUGGUAAUCUGGAAACUCCUGCUGCAAUUGGGAGAAUGGUCCAGGUAGCAUUCCCAUUGUGUGGUAUGGGUUUCUUCUUUGCCACUGCUUCAUUCGCAUCUGCACGCAUAAGGGGGAAGAACGAUACAAUUAACAGCUUAGUAGGACUUUAUAGCACUGUCCCAAUACUUCGAAAAUUCCUUCCUCUGAGUUAUGUCCUGCCAGUAUUAUCAGCUGGCACGUUUUUGACAGUCUUACUAAGAGAACUGAAUGAACCUGAGAAACCAACUACGGAAAGCGCUAUGAGUAGAGAACUUGAUGCGUGCAAUCUCGACUGGUGGACUUGGUCACGAGUUAAACCAGAGUCAGCACCAUACAUCAAGCGUGACUUAACUCUUUCAGAGCUUAUUGCAAAUCCACAGGGAAAGUGAAAUUAGGAAAUUACAUCAUGUAGAAUUCUUGAUUAAAAUACAACACGUAUCGUCAUC